UUUGUAUUGUCCCGCUCGCCCGCAUCCCCGUUCUAAGUGGAUUCGGAACCGCCACCAAAAAUAGUGCAAAGGCCCCGCGCUGCCGCUUUCUUUAUGCUGCACCUCUCGCCCUAAAAUCAGCCAUGCCCCGCAGGAAGGCGGCGGGGCCGCCCUGGGACGCGGCGGGCCCGGGCCCUCAGGGCGGCGGGCGGCGGCGGCCGGGCCCUCAGGCCGGCGGGCGGCGGCGGCCCCGGCCCAGCGGCGGCAGCAGCGGCGGCAGCAGCGAGGAGGAGGCGCCCCGGGAGCGGCGGCCGCGGGACGGCAGCCCCGGGGCCCGCAGGCCCGGCAGGCCCGGCGCGGCGGCGGCGGCGGCGGGGCCCGGAGGCCCCGGGGCCCGCGGGCAGAGCGUGGUGAUCUGCGAGCCCGAGCACAGCAAGGAGCGCAUCAAGCUCGAGGGCUCUCGGAGCCGGGGACAGCUCCUGAUCUUCGGUGCCACCAACUGGGACCUGAUCGGCCGCAAGGAGGUGCCCAAGCAGCAGGCGGCGUACCGGAACCUGGGCCAGAACCUGUGGGGGCCGCACCGCUACGGGAGCCUGGGGUCGCUGCGGGUGCGCUCGGUGGUGUCGGGGCCCUGCGCCGCGCACAGCCUGCUCAUCACGGCCGAGGGCCGCCUCUGGAGCUGGGGCCGGAACGAGAAGGGGCAGCUGGGCCAUGGGGACACGAAGCGCGUGGAGGCUCCGCGGCCGAUCGAGGCCCUGGCCGGGGAGUCCAUCGUGGCGGCGGCGUGCGGCCGGAACCACACCCUCGCACUGACCGAGAACGGCUCCGUGUUUGCCUUCGGGGAGAACAAGCUGGGCCAGCUGGGGCUGGGGAACCAGACGGACGCCGUGCCCAGCCCCACCCAGAUCCUGUACAAUGGGCAGCCAAUCUCCAAGCUGGGCUGCGGGGCCGAGUUCAGCAUGGUCAUGGACUGCAAGGGGAACCUGUAUUCCUUUGGGUGUCCGGAGUAUGGACAGCUGGGGCACAAUUCCGACGGGAAGUUCAUCGCGCGGGCGCAGCGCAUCGAGUACGACUGCGAGCUGCUGCCGCGGCGCCUGGCGCUGUUCGUGGAGCGCACCAAGGACGGGCAGGUGCUGCCCGUGCCCAACGUGGUGGUCAGGGACGUGGCCUGCGGGGCCAACCACACGCUGGUGCUGGAUUCCCAGAAGCGCGUCUUCUCCUGGGGCUUUGGGGGCUACGGGCGCCUGGGCCACGCGGAGCAGAAGGACGAGAUGGUUCCCAGGCUGGUGAAGCUCUUCGACUUCCCGGGACGCGGCGCCUCCCAGAUCUACGCGGGAUACACCUGCUCCUUCGCCGUCAGCGAGACAGGUGGAUUGUUCUUCUGGGGUGCCACCAACACUUCCCGGGAAUCCACGAUGUAUCCCAAAGCUGUGCAGGAUCUGUGCGGAUGGAAGAUCCGCAGCCUGGCCUGUGGGAAGAGCUCCGUGAUCGUGGCGGCCGACGAGAGCACCAUCAGCUGGGGACCCUCACCCACCUUCGGGGAGCUGGGAUAUGGGGACCACAAACCCAAAUCCUCCACGGCGGCGCAGGAGGUGAAAACCCUGGAUGGGAUCUACACCGAACAGGUGGCCAUGGGCUAUUCCCACUCUCUGGUGAUCGCCCGGGACGAGUCGGAGGCAGAGCAGGAGAAGCUGCGGAAGCUCCCGGAGUACAACCCCCGCACCCUCUGAGGGGCCCCGAUCCCGAUCCCGAUCCCGAUCCUGGUCCCGCUUCUCCAUCCCGGCCGCCGUUCUCCCUCCCCAUUCCCACAUUCCUAGCCCUCGGUGGGGUCAUCCCCACCCCCAUUCCCGGCUUUUGGAAUUCCCAACUGCAGCCGGACCUUCCGGCACCUCCCACCCCGGGUUUUGUAGGGUCUUGCCUUGAAUUAUUUUUAUUUUAUUUGUAUUUUUCCGCAGCUUUUUUUUACUGUUUCCCGUUUUUCCAGCCCCAGAUCUCCCACAGCUGCCGGCUCAGGAUCACUUUGGGGAUCUGAUCCCAGCUUGGGAUCCCUUUAGGGAUCUGGGAUCCCUAAAGAGCAGCUGCCAACGCCUGGUUUUUCCCCUAUAUUCCCAUUUUUUCCCCCAGUAUUCCCAUUUUUUGCUGGUUUUCACUACUUUGGGUGCUACAGUUUUUGGGAUUUCUCCCCCUCCCACCCCUCCAGCAUCCGCAGGGAUCCCGGAUCCCAUCCCAGCAGCAUUCCCGGGCUCCCCUCCCCGCCCUCGCCCACCCCGGGGACAUCUCAGGGAUCACGAGGGGAGUCCCAAAGGAAUUUUUUUUCCCGGGAAUUCGGGUUUUUUGUUCCUUCUGGCGGAUGGUUUGGCCCGGGAUCAGCCGGAAUUCCCGAUCCCCAGUUCCCUCCGUGCCAGGUCACUGUGCUGGAAUCUCGAGGUGCCUUCAGGAGCAGAGCCCAGCUCUGCCCCGCGCCAUUCCCGCUCCCUUCGGGCCGUUCCCAGGAAUUCUCCUGGAUUUUUCCAUGGAUUUUGGCUCCUUCCCAUCUCCCCCGGGGCGGCGCUCGGGGAGUUUGCAGUAAAAAAAAAAAAAAAAAAGGGUUUUGGUCAA